AUUCACUAUCGGCUUGUUUUUAGGGAUUAAUUUUUUUGGAAGACUUUUUUUCUAUUUCAAUAAUUGCAAACGUGCGUUUGUGCGUUUACUAAUAUAAUUAAAUAGAAUAAAUGGAUAUCUUUGUGAACGCCCGAUAGUGCAACAAAACGUAAGAAAUAUAAAAGCGUGAAAAUAUUUUUGGUGAAUUUAAUUUUUGCAGUACGACCACGGUCGACACUUGACACACGCCGUAAUUCGGCUUGACUACUACACAUAGAGUGGGAAAGUGGUGUAUCCAACAAAGCCAAAACGAAGAGAUAAUAACCAUUAUUUGAUAGUUUGUGCUGCAAGAAAGUAAGACAAGGCACCAUGUCUUAUCCACCACGCCCACCUAUGGCCCCUUAUAUGAAUCCAUCCAUACCUCCGCCACAUAUGAUGGGACACCCGCCACCACCGUCAAGAAGUUAUAGAAAUUCGGCCACAAUCAGCUCACAGCCCACUGUGUAUCAAAGACCGCCGGAUCCGGUGCCGCAAUUUCAGGGACCAAUUAUUACUGUCUUCAUUGGUAACAUUAGCGAACGCGUUCCAGAGGUUCUCAUAAAACGUAUAUUGGCGACUUGCGGACCUGUGGUCAACUGGAAGCGUGUGUCAACUUUUGGCUUUUGUGAAUAUGAUGGACCCACGGCUGGCAUGCGGGCGGUUCGUCUUUUGAGCGAAAUUGAGGUAGAUGGCAAAACUUUGGUGGCAAAGGUGGAUGCCAAAAACAAACUUUUGUUGGACAAUUUUAAAGAGGAGGAACGAAAGAAUGGUGCCAUUGAGGAGAAAAAUGAAAAACACAAUGAUGAUGAUGCCCUUAGGCUAAUGCGGCAGAUUAUAGAUGAACACAAACAAGAAAUUGAGGAAUUCGAUCCGAACGCCCGAAAUGAUAUGUUCGGGGGACGCGGUGGAAAAAUGAAGCCUGGACGGGUGGAUGAAGUGAAAGUUCCCAAAGCUCUUAAUGAGGCCAAUUUGGAAGAGGACAAACGAAAUCUCAUAAGUAGCGAAAUAGGCAAGUUUCGGAAAAGGGCAGAAGCUGACGAGCAUCGCAAGGAAAAGGAGAAGGAACGAGAGAAGGAGAAAGAAAAGGAAAAAGAACGCGACAAGGAAAGGGAGAGAGAACGUGAAAGAGAUAGAGAUCGUGACCGUGAGCGCGAUAGAGAACGGGAACGCGAAAGAGACCGUGAUCGCGAACAAAAGGAUAAGGAAAAACGCAAAACCAAUAGUGACAGCGAACAAGACUGGGAUGCUGACGAACAUGAAAAUGGUGCGGUUAAAUCUGCAGCCAUCGCUUCUCCCGUUCGCAUUAAGGAAGAGCCCGAAACCAUUAAGGAGUCGAGGCGAAAACGUAGUCCUUCUCGUUCAAAGGAACGUGAGCGAGAUUACAGAGAAAGAGAACGGGAGCGAGAAAGAGAACGCGAACGUGAGCGGGAACGCGAAAGAGAAUUGAGAGAAAAGGAAAGGGAGCGGGAAAGGGAGAGAGAGAGGGAAAGAGAAAGGGAACGAGAACGGGAACGUGAACGCGAAAGAGAACAAAGAGAACGAGAACGGGAGAGAGAACGUGAACGAGACAGAGAAAGAGAAAGGGAGCGUGAGGAAAAAAUCAGCAAAAAUGUAAGAGAUGUGCAACGCGAAAAAGAAAUGGAGGACGAGAUACGUGAGCGCAAGAAGGCCGAAAAGAAAGCUCGAGAGAAAGAAGAAGCAUAUCAAGAGCGACUGAUGAAUUGGGAGCAACGAGAAAAACGAAAAGCUAAAGACUACGAGAAGGUACGCAUGAAGGAAAAAGUCAAACAAGAUGAACGAGAAAAGGAAGCCAAACGCCUUAAAGAGUUCCUAGAAGACUAUGAUGAUGAAAGGGAUGAUGUGAAAUAUUACAAAGGCCGAGAACUGCAAAGACGUCUUGCCGAUCGUGUACGUGAAGCUGAUCUUGACGCGAAGGAUAGAAACAAAGAACAAGAAGAAUUGGAUGAAUUGAAGAAUAAAAUAUUUAGUGGCGAAUUUGAAAAUCCUACACAGGAAUACGAGAGAGCUAAAAAGGAGCAUGAAAGACUAUAUAAACCACAAAUCAUUAUUGACGUUAAUCAGGAAAAUAUCCAGCGAAAAGAAAAAGAACAGGAACGUAGUAGAGAGAAACAUAACAGCACUUCCGAAAAACGGCAUACAUCACAUGAAACUUACCAUAGGAACGAUGAGGGCGUUGGUGUCGGUGCUGUUGCUAAUGUUGUUGUAACACCGGGAGUUGCUCCACCUGCACGCCCUCUUUCCAAAACCAGAUCCAUUGAUUCCCUCUCCAAUGAUGAAGUUUCCAAUCACGAGACCAUGUCAAAUGCAAGCAGUCGAUAUAGUCGUCAGGACUCUGAAUCUAGAGACUAUACCAACGCCGAUGAUAUAGAAUCAAUGUCACCUGCCACACCGCAAGGCUUUUCACAUGCACAAACAAAUGAUUCCGUAUCAACGCCUCCCAUCAUGCCCACUGUAGGCAUAAGUUUAAACUUAGGAGUCAAUGCUAAGAAAAAGAAAAUCGAAUCUACAGCAGGAGUUUUUAAUACAGACGACGACAAUGAUGACGUUUCAAAUACGAAAAAGCGAAAAUUGGUACCUCUAGACUAUGAUGACAAUCAGGCCAAACAAACCAACUCACAUGGUGUUGGCGCGCAGCAAUUGAAUGAACGAAACGAUGUGGUUGUCGGAUCUUCAGCCGCCGCCGUUGCCGGAAAAGGAGGAAGCGCGUCUGCAAACAAAAAACAUGGUAAGAAUGAAACAUCUGAAGCAGCAAGUAGCAAAAAGGAUGAUAGUAGUGGUACAAAGGUACACGAUGAAAAACGACGCCACAUAAAAAGCAUUAUUGACAGGAUACCAACUCAAAAGGAGGACCUUUUCAACUACAAACUUGAUCGCAACGAGAUCGAUAAUAACCUCAUGGAGCGCAAAAUACGCCCUUGGAUAAACAAAAAGAUUAUCGAGUAUAUUGGAGAGCCAGAGCCGACUUUGGUCGAUUUCAUAUGCUCCAAGGUUUUAGCUGGCAGUUCACCCCAAAGUAUUCUGGAUGAUGUCCAAAUGGUACUCGACGAAGAAGCGGAGGUGUUCGUUGUCAAAAUGUGGAGACUUCUCAUCUACGAAGUGGAUGCUAAAAAGAUUGGUUUAGGUAAAUAACUUCUUAUUUUAACAACAUUCUUUAUUUUUGUGUAUUAAACAAUUACAUAUUUGCAAAUAUAAACUUAAAUAGUA